CAAAUUUCUUCCAGAUUCCUAUUUUCAUACCUUGUGCGUCAUGGUGGCAUUCAUCUAAUCUUGCCUCUUAUCUGAACCUUUAAUACUUUCAUCUAUAGAUUGGGACGGUCCGGUCCGGAGUAAUCUGACUACUUUUGUCUCAGGCACCCUGGGCAUUGGCCAAGUGACUCAGCUGGUCGAUAUAGAACAAUACUCUUAUGGGCUGAUAAUUCUAAUUGAGUCAAUCGUUCACACCGCCGCCAUGAACGGCCACGCAGUCGAGACAGCGAGCCAUCUUAUCCAGAACGGCGUCAACGCCGCAAAAACCUUGGUCCAUGAACCGGAAAUGCAUGACCUCGAUGUGUCGAAGCUGACGGUCUCUCUUACGAAAUCUCCGGGCAAGGUCCCAGAGCCGGAUUCGCUGGAGAUAUGGGAUAUGAAGACUUGUACGGAUCAUAUGGUCAAGGUCACAUGGACCGACGAUGUUGGAUGGCAUGCUCCCACCAUUGAACCAUACGGUCAACUCACAAUGAGCCCAAUUGCCUCAUGUCUGCAUUAUGCAACUCAAUGUUUCGAGGGUCUGAAAGUUUACCGCGGAUUUGACGGCAAACUGCGCUUGUUUCGUCCAGAUAAGAACUGCGCUCGACUGGUCAUGAGUUCGGCUCGGGUUGCCUUGCCCACUUUCAAUCCUAAGGAGUUAGAGAAGCUACUGAAGGCUUUCAUGAAAGUUGAUGGUCCAAAAUGGCUGCCAAAGAGCCGACCAGGAAGAUUUCUUUAUCUCCGUCCGGCAAUCAUUGGCAACGGUGAGCAGAUCGGAGUCACAGCACCAUCUGAAGUCUUGAUGUUCAUCGUCGCAGUUGGUUGGCCAGACUUAUCGUCAGGUACUCGGCCUGGAACAUUGCCAAAGCCGCCAGGACUGAAGCUCCUUGCUUCCAAGAGCGAUGUUCGUGCGUGGCCUGGUGGCUUUGGGUAUGCGAAGGUGGGAGCUAACUAUGGUCCCGCUUUUGUAAGCCACAUGGAGGGCAGGAAGAUGGGGUAUGAUCAGAUUCUUUGGCUGUUGGGUGCUGAUUAUCAGGUCACAGAGGCUGGAGCAAGCAACUUCUUCAUUGUGUGGAAAACAAAAGAGGGGAAUUUGCAACUGGUUACUGCUCCGCUAGAUGCAAAGGUCAUUCUCGAAGGUGUUACGAGAGGAAGUGUACUUGAGCUCGCAAGACAACGGCUAGUAUCCGGAUCAGAGUACCUUCCCCCGAACAUUACAGAUCUCGAAGUCGUUGAAAGAAAUUUCACCAUGCUGGAAAUUGAAGAGGCGUGGGAGGAAGGACGGAUUGUAGAGGCUUUCUUGAGUGGUACUGCGUAUUUCAUUACCCCUGUUUCGGCUAUCAGUUUUAGGGAUGAGGAGAUCGACAUUCCAAUGGGGGAUGGUACCAGUGGAUAUUAUGCUGCUCUUUUGAAGAAGUGGUUGAAGGAUAUUAUGUAUGGGAAUGUUCAGCAUGAAUGGGGGGUUGUGAUCGAUGAAGAAUAGAUGAAGCAAUUUAGGAAAUAAUGGGUUAUGAGAUCUGUAUGUAUUUUCCUUCGUUAUUUUGCGUAGACAAAGAUAAUUUCUAGUUAUUGCUCUUCAUCUUGGUUUGGCUUCGUAUGUGAGAAGAGACAAU